CAAAAAAGGCAUGGAAGAAUGGCAACGACACUAGAAGUCUCAGGAAUCUGUCUGCCAUGAAGUAGACUGCACCGCAUCAACAUGUCGCGGUCUCUAUCACACGAUUGGGGUUUAGAUUUCAUUAUUCGUUACAAGUUCCUAUCUGCUGCAAGAAUCAUUUAGAUAAGAGUAGGUCUAGGUGACAAGUAAACUACGCUCACUUUUCUCAACAACGCUUCCCAGAGAUCAUGUCUUCCGCACUGUCCUCAGGAGCCGCUCCCCCACCUGGUCGGGCACCAGUGGAGGGCGGCAUGAAGAGGGAAAUCGGCGGAGAUUUGAGUCGACCUGAUAUGGAGGCUCUGAUAGAGCAAUAUGGAGACUACACUCUGCGAGAGCUCGUUCUCAAAUACGUCGAUUCCGAGAUAGACAGGCUAAUGCGAGCAUCAAAUAACCAUCUGCAACAGUUUAGCGAAGAACUCUUGAAUUGAAAUGACAGACUUUAUUAUUUGGGGGGUCCAGGUGAAGAUGCUGGAUCUGAAUGAAUCUGCAUCCCCAAAAACAAAUAAAACGGCUGAAUUAGAAAUGAAUUUUGAAUGAGCAGACUUGUUAUCAACAUCUAGCUGUUCUCUGAUUAUCUUCAGUGAAGAAAAGAAGCAGAAAGAUAGACCACUAAGGCAAGCUCUUUUGGAGCCUGAUAUCAGAGAAUGAC